AUACCCAAGACCCAAAACCAUGACAAAUUGUCAAUACUAUAAAUUGUUUCUGUUGUUUAUAAUUGCCUCAUAGUCAUUUUAUCUCUCAUUAAAGGGCACACUCUGUUUAGGUGAAGUGGGCACUCUAAAUUUCAUGACGGUGUGUGUCUAUGUGUUGGCCUUGUGGUGGACUGCGGUGUACCCUGCCUCUUGCCCAAUUUAUGGGCAUCCUCUGUGACCCUGCACAGGACACACAGGAAGGAGAAGAAGCAUGUCAAAAGGUGUCAUUAAACUUUACUGGAGGCAGAAACAAUGAGAGGAAUCUGAAAAUCUCACUCUGCAGAUUGAGAGUGACUUAUGGGAAGUGUUAGCCAUGGAUACAGCAGAGCAACUAAACACGACUCAAGUGGAAGAUUCACAAGCUGAACAUAAACUAAACUCAACGACAGACACGAUAAAUGAUGAGAACUUUUUGAAGCUGGACGACAGCACAAAGUUGGUUGGAGUUCAAGUUAUUCUCAUCCUUGCUUACAGCACAAUCAUACUGUUUGGAGUAAUUGGAAACUCCUUAGUGAUAUAUGCUGUCUACAAGUUUAAAAAUCUACGAACUGUUACCAAUUUCUUUAUUGUAAACUUAGCUGUGGCAGACCUGCUGGUGAACACGCUGUGUUUGCCUUUCACCCUUGUCUACACUCUGUAUGGCGAGUGGAAGUUUGGUCAGGUGUUGUGCUUCAUGCUGCCAUGUGCUCAAGGCCUGGCAGUGCACGUGUCCACCAUCACCUUGAACGUCAUCGCCCUGGACCGCCACAGGUGCAUCGUCUACCACAUGGAGACCAAGAUGUCCAAAGACAUGUGCGCUGUGGUCAUUGUCAUCACGUGGGCCGUUAGCGCCCUGUUGGCCAGCCCGCUCGCCAUCUUCAGGGAGUACGGGACGUUUGAUCUUUCACCGGACAAGUCUAUUCAGGUGUGUACGGAGAAGUGGCCGGAAAGCAGCAUGAACGGAAGCAUCUACAGUAUAUCAGCGCUUCUGGUUCAAUACGGUUUACCUUUAACCAUCAACUCUGUUGCCUACAUCCGCAUCUGGAAUAAGCUGAAGAAUCACAUGACUUACGGAGGUCGAAAUGACCGCCAUCAGCACAGGAAGAAGACCACUAAGAUGCUGCUGACCAUGGUGGUGGUCUUCGCUGUCAGCUGGUUGCCUUUGCAUGCAUUCCAGUUGGCUGUUGACAUCGACAGCACUGUGUUGGAUAUGAAGGACUUUAAGCUGCUUUUCACUGUGUUCCAUAUUGUGGCUAUGUGCUCGACAUUUGUCAAUCCCAUCCUGUAUGGGUGGAUGAACAACAACUACAGGACAGCCUUUUUGUCUGUGUGUAAGUGUUACCAGCCCUUCAGUUUGUGCUCCAAAGGCAGAGAGACACAAAAAGAUGAAGACAGGGUUUGUACAAAUUGCAAAUCAACAAAUGUCUAACUUGCACAGUCAGAAAGGGUCAUUGAUAAUCAUAUGUAUUAAGAAAGUAAGUAAGUUGUAAGUUUGUAUUUGGAUUUAUGUGGGCAUUUAGGCCUCUCAAAAUGAGGGAUGAUGAAAAUGAUAUAUGGGUUGGAAGAAAUUACUUUAAAUGUUUAAAAAAAGGGCUUCAACUUUAAACUAACUAAAUUACCAUCACAAAGGUGGUUCAAACUAGCGCACAUUCCAAUCAGUACUUGUCAACUCAGAAGUAUUGAUGAGUCAAGCUAUGAUGGAUAUUCCUCUUUGUUGAUGCAGUUUGUCUUGUGCCUAUACAUGUAUGAUUUUUCAGACUGUUUUUCUUGAUGUAUUAAAUGAUUUGAAUCUUACAUUUGGGCACAGAUGACGCAACCUUUGGAGCUCUGUGAAUCGCAUGUCCCUCUCACUUUUCAAAAUCCUAUUUUUGUCCCUCUCACUUUUAUUGUUGAAGGCUGAUUUUCUUACUAAAGUCUCUCUGAACAUUGUUCUCUUAUUAUCCUGCCACCAUAGUCCAGAUGAGAGAUCUGAGCUGAUAAAAAUGUUGAUACACUCAUCUGAGUCACCUUCACUUAUUACCUUGAGCUCAGAGCAAUGAGCUUAUGGAGCAGCAGCAAGUUGCUUUGCAGACUUUUUCUGCCCUGGGUUUUGCCUCUACAUACAACCUGCUGUACCUUAUUGGUGAACGUUGUUGUGGCUGUAUGCAAAGGAAUACCUGCAGAAACUAUGCAGAGAUUAAAAAUGUAUUGCCAACUACGUUUUUCGGGUAUAAAAAAUUAUUUACUCUAUAUUAAAAAGACUAAAAAGUUGCUAGAAUUGAACAUUGGUCAAAAAUAAGAUAGUACCACAGGGCUCUUUGUAGUAAAGAUGCAAAUACAACGUUAUCAGGUAUCUAUAAAGGAAAGUAAACAUGAUUUUAAAUAAGGUUACAAUACAGAGGUUUCAUAGCAUUUCUAUGUUUUGUAUAAAUAUAUAUCUAUAGUUUUUUUCACUUCAUUGUGGCUCCCCCCUUGAGACUACCCUCGCUUGAACAAAAAUUAAAAAUAUAUAACCAUAAUAUAACCAUCUUCCUUUUCUGACCCUUAGUAGAAAAGGAAAAAAGCUCAUAUCUGUGCCAUACUAUAAAGUCAAACUGAUUUAUUAUUGCUGACAAAUGUUAAUAACUGACAUUCAACAUAAUAUGACCCACUAUUGUUGCAGUGUUUGUAAGUGUGAUUGUGUCACUUAAGGAUUAAAGGGUGAGGUGUUGGGGUGUUUACAUUAUUUUAUACAAUAUUUUUCUCUUAACGACUGUGUCAAGCUAUCAGGUCUGUACCAUAACAGUAUAGGAUAAUUGAAACACCAAAAACAGGAAGAUCAUAUCUAAUAAACCCCUUUCCAAAAUUCAUUAUAAUUACUUUGCAACAUUCUGGUAAGUGAAUCAGCCUUCAUAGUACUUUAAUUUGGUUAAAUGAAGCAGAGAGCCCAUUUAAAUCAUUGGUGCACUUUUGAAGCUUGAACAAGGGCCAAUGCCUAACUUUUCUGUACCAUAAAAGCCUCUCACAGCAGCAUGGAUUUCAGCCAUAUUUUCAGUCCAGCCAGUUGUUUGAACAAAAAUAACA